UCCGGCCACGCCGCCCCCGGCGCCGGGCCCGGACUGGCCGCGCUGCAGUACGCGCUGCUACUGCAGCACCAGCACUGGCAGCACCACCACCAACAGCACCACAACCACCUGCACCAGCACCAGCACCAGCCGCCGCACCACCACCCUCACCCCCACCACCACCACUGGCCGCUGUUCGCGCCCCCGCAGCAGCAGGAGCCCGCCAGGCCGCCCGCCUCGCACGACAGCGUUGCAGGCGGCAGCUCCAGCGGGGGGGACGCGGCUGACGACGGCAGUGGCGGCGGCGGCGGCAGCAAGCGGCGGCGGUCGCGCACCAACUUCAACAGCUGGCAGCUGGAGGAGCUGGAGAGGGCCUUCCUCGCCUCCCACUACCCGGACGUCUUCAUGCGCGAGGCGCUCGCCAUGCGCCUCGACCUCAAGGAGUCGCGCGUCGCCGUGUGGUUCCAGAACCGGCGCGCCAAGUGGCGCAAGAAGGAGCACACGAAGAAGGGCCCCGGCCGGCCGGCGCACAACGCGCACCCGCAGACGUGCAGCGGGGAGCCCAUCCCGGAGGAGGAGCUGCGGCGCAAGGAGCGCGAGCGGCGCGAGAAGAAGCUGCUCAAGUCGCUGGAGCGCCAGCAGCGCAAGCUGGCCGCCAAGGGCGUCGCCGUCGACCUGGACACGCUGCGCCGCCAGUGGGAGGCCAAGCACCGCGCCCACGCGCCCGCCCACCAAUCGGGCUGUGGCGUGGCCGCCGUAAUUACUGCUGGCCCCGGCGUUCUUGCGAGCGCAGGUUACACAAUCAGCCGCGGCGCGGGGGCGGCGGGAGGCGGCGGGGGAGGCGGGGGCGGCGGGGGCGGAAGCCCGGCGCCCGGAGCCGCGUGA